AUGGAGAGUUGGAUGCGAUUCAUUACCAAGUAUCUCGAGAGACAUUUCGCUGCAAACGGCGGUCCAAUCAUUAUGUCACAGGUAGAGAAUGAAUAUGGUUGGGUACAGGAGCGUUAUGGUGAGAGUGGAACCAAGUAUGCUCAGUGGUCGGCCAGAUUGGCACAGUCACUGAAUGUCGGUGUUCCAUGGAUUAUGUGUCAACAAGAUGAUAUAGACUCUGUUAUCAAUACAUGUAAUGGAUUCUAUUGUCAUGAUUGGAUCGAAGGACAUUGGGCGAGAUAUCCAAACCAACCGGCGUUCUUCACUGAGAAUUGGCCAGGUUGGUUCCAACAAUGGAAACAAUCGACUCCUCAUCGUCCAGUGGAGGAUGUUUUGUAUGCCGUUGGAAAUUGGUUUGCGAGAGGAGGAUCGUUGAUGAACUACUACAUGUGGCAUGGUGGAACCAACUUUGGACGUACAUCGUCACCUAUGGUUGUCAACAGCUACGACUAUGACGCUGCACUCGACGAAUAUGGAAAUCCAAGUGAACCGAAAUACAGUCACGCCGCAAAAUUCAACAAUCUACUCCAGAAAUAUUCACAUAUCUUUUUGAACGCUCCAGAGAUACCGCGGUCCGAGUAUCUAGGUGGAUCAUCGAGUAUCUAUCACUACACCUUUGGUGGUGAAUCACUCUCGUUCUUGAUCAAUAAUCAUGAGAGUGCUCUGAAUGACAUAGUUUGGAAUGGACAAAAUCAUAUAAUUAAACCAUGGUCGGUUCACCUUCUCUACAACAACCAUACUGUAUUUGAUAGUGCUGCCACUCCUGAAGUAUCUAAACUAGCGAUGACCAGCAAGAGAUUCUCACCGGUCAAUUCAUUCAACAAUGCCUAUAUCUCGCAGUGGGUAGAGGAGAUCGAUAUGACCGAUUCCACAUGGAGUAGUAAACCAUUGGAACAACUUUCAUUGACACACGAUAAAACCGAUUAUCUAUGGUAUGUCACUGAGAUCAAUUUGCAAGUGCGAGGUGCAGAGGUUUUCACCACUAAUGUUUCCGAUGUCUUACAUGCCUACAUCGAUGGAAAGUAUCAAUCCACCAUUUGGUCUGCCAAUCCUUUCAAUAUCAAAUCGGAUAUUCCACUUGGUUGGCAUAAACUACAGAUUCUAAACAGUAAACUCGGAGUACAACACUACACUGUCGAUAUGGAGAAGGUGACAGGUGGUCUACUUGGAAAUAUUUGGGUCGGUGGAACAGACAUUACCAACAAUGGAUGGUCAAUGAAACCCUACGUAAACGGAGAACGCCUGGCAAUUUACAAUCCAAACAACAUAUUCAAAGUGGAUUGGUCGUCAUUCAGCGGUGUACAACAACCUCUGACUUGGUACAAAAUCAAUUUCCUCCAUGAACUAUCGCCAAACAAACACUACUCUUUGAAUAUGAGCGGGAUGAACAAAGGUAUGAUCUGGCUUAACGGUAAGCAUGUCGCGCGAUACUGGAUCACCAAAGGCUGGGGAUGCAACGGUUGCUCCUACCAGGGUGGAUAUACCGACCAGCUGUGUAGCACCAAUUGCGGUGAACCCAGUCAGAUCAACUAUCAUCUUCCACAAGACUGGCUGAUAGAGGGUGCCAAUCUGCUGGUGAUCUUUGAAGAGGUUGGAGGCAAUCCGAAAUCGAUCAAGUUGGAAGAGAAAGAAUCGGCCUAUCAGUACAAAAACAGAAAGGGUGAUCCAAACUUUCAAAAUGGUAUGCCAAUCGACGGAGAAUCAUCAAUGAACGAUGCACGCUCUAUGUACACUCACAUUACACUUAUCUAUGUUUAUUGUGCAAUCAUUGCAAUUUCAUAUUAUAUAUUUAAUUAA